CACCUGGCCACACCUCCGGGAUCCCUCAACAACUCCGCCUCCUUGCCGCUGAUUGGCCACCGGAACUGUAGCUCAGGAGAGGCACACAGGCGGCCAAUCACCGGCGAGGAGGUGGAGCUUGGAGAGGAGGAGCCGAGCGGCAGCGCGCGUAGAUCUAAGAAGAUCGAGGGAACUGCCGGAGUAAGUGAAAAGGAGAGCGGCCAGAGAAGGAAGACAGCUGACAGGUAAGUGCAAAUUUUGCUGCUGCAGCCAGGUAUGCAGGCUGUAGAUGCGAGAGGGAGAGAGCGAGCCCAGGCUGGAGCAGGAGUCAGCAAGGUAAGUAUCAUUGGUGUCAGUGGGAG